GACACAAACGAACACAGUCGGUUGGUUUGACUGGAUCCUCAAACCUGCCACGACUGUCGAUGUCCCGCACCAGGCGGCUGCUGCGAUCAUCGUGUAUAGUGCGCGACCUUCGACAUUGAUCUCUGCCGCGAGUGUGUGCGUGUGUGUGACCGUGCUUACUCGGGUAACUCGGCACGGUUAUCGAGAGAAUGAGAAUGAGCCGGAAUAUGUAUGUUAUUAUUGUUGUUUUUUUUCGCUCAAUCCACGCCUGCUAUGAUUAUUGCCGAUUUGGCCGAGCGAUGAUGGUGAUUGGCACGAACGAAGCCACGGGUUGAUGCAAGAAGUGUACAACAGCGCGAUCGGGUUUUUUUUUCUCGCGAAUCGGACAAUAAUUGAACCUCCUUCGCCCUCCAUGCUGUAUCAUGUGUAGUGACGCACAUGCCGAUAUUAAACUAUCAUUUCGGAAGUGAGUGUUGGAUAGAGCAAAAAAAAAAAAAGAAUCGAGAAUAAGAAGUUUAAAUCGAAGCCUUUUUUGUGAAACGAGAUCGAGUCGAGUUUAUGUGUGUCGUUUCCAUUCGAGGACGGUGCAUUUCUAAUUCAGUCGAAGAAUAGCGAAUCGUGAAUGGAUGUGUGUGUGUAGGUUUGGAAAGAGGUGUGUUUCCUAUCAUCCAAAAUGAGACCCAGCAGGUGUUGUGUUGUUUACCGGCUAUCAGCGCGAUGAUGCAAAUGGAAUAAUUUAUUCAGUUUUAUUCUAUUUGAGGAAGAGGUGGAAAGUGCUUUUGAAAAUAUGUGAAGAAUGUUGAGUUCGAAGCGACGAGGGUAAAAAGAAAGCUUGAUCGUAUUGUUGAUUAAAUUUUCGGAAAAUUAUAAUCGUUGUCGUCACAUUCGAAGUGUUGUGCAAUAUGUUUUCGGGAAUAACUUUCAGCUAAUCAGAUUUAUCCGUGUCUAGAUAAGACCGAUGUGUGUUCGGCAAACCGAUCGGUUGCACGUCCUCACAGCAGUUUCGGAACGCACGUCAGUCACAACCUUCCCGCGUACCGUCCCGUGCUAACGUCAACCCCCCCUUUCACCACACCAGUGAAACCGCGCAGUCGUGGAUGAUCCAGUUGACAUAAUUUUUUGGGAAUUUCCCUCAUCGGCAGUCACUAAUCCCCAGAUAAUGAGUUGUUCGAUUUGUAACUAAGCUAGCUGAGUCUCGUUGGAGGCAGGAUGAACGAACCGGGUCUGGUCUCCGGCUCCUCUUCUUCAUCAUGCUCGACUCAUACUAGUACCAGAGAUUGUUGUCUCCUUCGCAGUUCACCGGUUGUGGCCGGACUGGUAGCGAACAUUGAAGCCCGUACGACGGCGACUGACGUCAAAGCAAGUUGUUUGCCCCGGCAUCCAGUGGUGGAUAGCUGUGAAGUGAGGGUUGUUCAGUCAAGCGACGCUCCGGUUAGUAGCGUUCCCCAAGAUAAGGAGGCUGCAGUGGAAAUGAUCGGCACGGCGAGAGGUGGCCGACCACGACAGCGAAAAGCUGCCGUUUACAAAGGUUUUUGGGGUGAUGAAGAUGGAACUGGUCGCCGUGACGGUCGGUCAGGGUCAGGGUCCCUGUCUUCCGGGGUAGAAAGCGAUGAGGAUAUGGUUCGAUUUCCGUGCGUCGAGCGAUUGAUUGAGAUGUAUGCAAAUAUAAUUAAGCAGCAGGAGACCGAAACGAAACGGUUUAUGAGUGCUGUCGUGAGUGGGGCUCGCGGAGGAGAAAGAGAAGGUGUAAAACACCGAUUAGAUAAGACGGCCACUGUCGGUCUCAGUGAUAAGACAGGUGUGAGUGAUGCCUGUGCGAAACAGUCCGGUUCGACGAGUAGUCCCGCAUUGGCCGAGCAGCUAGAAACAGCUAGCACCAGAAAACGAACGAACAGGAGUCCCAUUUCGGAUGACGAUUGGAGUACAAAUCAGCAAAGUCCUUACUGUUCCAGCGACGAAGAAAGUCCCGGAGAUCAAAUGAAGAUGAAAAUCAGAGAUAAAGUAACCCGCUCGUCGAGUUCCGACUCAGCCGUGGGGCUUGAUGAAGACAUUGGCCAACAGGAACAACAGCAAAUCAUCAACAGCGUAGGAAAGACACGCCGUCUCACGCUUGGAGUGUCGGACAUUCCCCUUCGCUCCGCACUACUACCGGUUCCGGAACCGACACUCCUUCCCAUCUCGGACAGCACAACGAUUGGCGUCGAGCACUGUCCAACCGUUGUCCGCAGCAAGAUGAUUCUGGAAGCACAGCUCAUCGAACUGCCACUGGGCAGCAAUCCACCCCUCGCAGAUUCCGGUUCCACCGAAGCUCUCGGAUAUCUCAGCAACUCGAUCUCACGGCGGGAAUCCGCCCAAAGCUAUGUCAGUGAUUCGGGCGCCGACGGAGUCCGUUACGUUCGCACACCGUCCGUCGUGGUGUCCGACUAUUCGGAUGAAACGAUGUGUGGCAUUACAUUGGAGGAAAUUGAGUACCUUCGCCGGCAUCAGCUACGCCGGGCAUCCAUCGACUGCGAGUCGGAUGUUAGUGCCGCUUCGUCCUGUAGCAAUUUGAAUUACUGCGGUUCAUCGAUAAGUGCGCUGGAAGGUUGUGACUAUCAGCAGUGCGGACUGCGGACACCGGAACGAAAGGUUUCCGAUUGUUCGACUUGUUCGACGCUCAGCAUCGACGAUGACGAUCCGGCGCUGCGGCAACGGCUGCAGGAACUUAGCCUGCGGCCACCGGGAGCCGAUGGCGGGCCGGAGCAGGAGAACUCGAAGAGACGUCCCAAGAAUAAGCCCUCUGGAUGGAGAAAGUUGCGCAACAUCGUCCAGUGGACGCCGUUCUUUCAAACCUACAAGAAACAACGAUACCCAUGGGUACAGCUUGCCGGUCACCAGGGCAAUUUCAAGGCCGGUCCCGAUCAGGGCACAGUACUGAAGAAACUGUGCCCCAAGGAGGAGAAGUGUUUCAAGGUUCUCAUGAAGGAUGUCCUCCGACCGUACGUCCCCGAGUACAAGGGCCAAGUAAACAGCGAUGAUGGAGAAUCCACCUACAUUCAGCUGCAAGAUCUGCUCAGCGAUUACUACCAGCCGUGCGUGAUGGACUGCAAAAUUGGCGUACGGACCUACCUGGAGGAGGAGCUGUCCAAAGCCAAAGAGAAGCCGAAACUGCGAAAGGACAUGUACGAAAAGAUGAUACAGAUCGACCCGAACGCACCGACCGAGGAGGAACACCGGGCCAAGGGGGUCACCAAGCCGCGCUACAUGGUUUGGCGGGAAACGAUCUCCAGCACCUCGACGCUCGGCUUUCGGAUAGAGGGCAUUAAAAAGAGUGACGGCACCAGUUCGAAGGACUUCAAAACAACGAAAUCCCGGGACCAGAUCACCGAGGCAUUCAAAGAAUUCACCGAAGGUUUCCCACACGCUCUGCCCAAAUACAUCCAACGAUUGAAGGCGGUCCGUGCAACGCUCAGCUAUUCGGACUUCUUCCGGCAGCACGAGGUGAUCGGCAGUUCGUUGCUGUUCGUGCACGAUCGACACAACGCCAGCGUGUGGUUGAUCGAUUUCGCCAAAACGGUUGCCCUACCGGACAGUGUGGCCAUCAGCCACGACAGCACCUGGAAGGUUGGCAACCACGAGGAUGGCUAUCUGAUCGGGAUCAACAAUUUGAUCGAAAUAUUCGACGAAGUGCUCGAGGCUCGACAGGCGGCAUUGAACGAACGGAUACCGAGGUUGUCACUGCCGGAUUUGGAUGAUUUUGGUAACAACAACUACAACAUCCGGCGUCGUAGCAGCAGUCGUGACGAAAAGACAGUCUGCGGUCGAGACGAUGAAACAGUGCAGCUACCGUUGAGCGUUGAUCUGAAUUCGUUAGCUUUGAGUACGACACCGCAGACAGACAGUCAAGGGGAAAGCUCCGGCAGUACUGUCAACUGUAUGAAUAAUAACAACUGCGACUGCAAAAGUGAUGACGUUCCGGGUUCCAAUAGUUAGUCGCAACUGUGCUCAGCUGGUCGAGCGUGGUUGAAGUGAGUGAUUGUAAAGCUCAUAUCAAGAGUCUGACGUAGAACUGAAACUAAGCUGUCGAUUUUUGGAGCAAGCGAAAAACUGGUAAUUUCGCCGGGUAUCUAGAGUGAGCGUCUAAGACUAGUAUUUCUAUCGCGUUCCGGACUAAUCUUCCUGGCAUUGAAAUAUUCGGCGAGGAGUUAGUUGAAUGCUUAAACAUAAACAUACGUGCGUACAAUUAAUUGUAUUGUAUUACGGUAUACGAUAGCCAGCUGUAGGUUAAGAGUGUACACAUUAGCUGUAGGGCAGUUUAGUGUUUUUCCAUCGAUAGCAUGAGAUUUUUCGUUCCAUAAUUGUUUACUCGAUUCUGAUAGACAAAUACGUAUACAUACAGCUAAACAUAUUUAUCAUAUACACUGCAACUUUAUUCCAUUUGGCUAUUCAAGAAGAUGAGUGCGUUGAAAUUAUAUUUGUUGUAGAAAAUAAUAAUCAUGAAAUUAUAUGUA